AUGUCUUACUCUCCGAAGAUCUCACAUGGUGCUGCACUCAAACAUGUACUGCGAUAUCUUAAGGGAACAACGUCUCUUGGUCUUGUGUUCCGACGAGUAAGUAAAACAAAGCUAACCGGAUAUAGAGACUCAAGCCAUAAUAUUGACGAAGAUGACGGCAAGAGCACCACGGGUCGUAUCUUCUACCUUAAUGAUUGUCCUAUUUCCUGGUGUUCACAAAAAGAAGAGACAGUGGCGCUAUCUUCAUGUGAAGCUGAGUUCAUGGCUGCUACAGAAGCUGCGAAACAAGCUAUCUGGUUACAAAAAUUGCUCGAAGAAGUGACAGGAAAGGCGUGCAGACGAGUGGUGAUCAACAUAGACAAUAAAUCUGCAGUAGCUCUCACCAGAAACCCUGUAUUUCAUGGACGAAGCAAACAUAUACAUAAGCGUUAUCACUUCAUACGGGAAUGCGUCGAAAACGAACAAGUAAACGUUCAACAUAUUCCAGGCAUAUCACAAAAGGCUGAUAUCCUAAUUAAAGAAGAAACAAGUACAAGGAAAUGA